AUGUUUCCCUCCUUGAGUCUUUUUGCCGACAUACACUGUCCUCUGGCACAGCGCGGGCAGUGUGAGCGGCCUCACUGUUUAUACAAACACGUCGCGGAAGCGCGGGACGGCGCCUCGUCGACGUUGGUGUUCGCAGCCCCAGUGAGGGACGAGACCGGAGACUGCCUCCAUGAACUGGAGCGGAUCAACAAGCAGAUUGAGACUGUAAGACAUGAGGUAGAGCAGGAGCAAAGGCGACUGUCGCGCUACCAGACUGUACAGGCAGAUGGCAGAAACCUGCAGGUGCAGACUGCAGGUACAGAUGUAGACAGAGGUCCUAACGGACCACCUUCAUGCACAGACUUCACUAAAACACAUGUAGAAGCAAGGAAGUACGUGGUUGACAACUCAAAACCAAGAACAGAUUUGGAGUAUGACCCUCUGUCCAACUUCUCUGCGGACUUGCGGACGUACAGCUCUUCAGGUAAGGAUCAGAAAAACCAAAAAGGUUUGAAAAAGGCAAGAACUGCUGUGUCUUGUGACCAGAUGGAACCAACCACAUAUCAGACUCUGCUUUCAAGAUCUCCAGAGCUACAUGAUGACUCUAAUGAAGACAGUGUCCUGAUUAUCGAUGUUCCCCCAUCGCCCGUUGAAAAGAGAGGUCAGACUCAGAAAGCUGCUGCCUGUGUAGCUGGCAGAUCCUCCCAGGCUGCCGUAGGGGAAGGGAUGGAGGCUCACACGCUACCUAUUUUACCUGAUACUUCUUUAAAGGUGACAUCUUCAUCGGCUUCAAGAGCUGAUGCAAAUAAAGUUCAUAAUUACUGUGAUGUUGGGAACAACUCAGAUCGACCUACUUUUAAUGAUAAAGGAUGUGAAAAAACACCCGUUGGUGGAAGUGCAGUUGACUUAACUGGAUGUUUAGAAGACCUUGAUAGUGAAUGUCAAAAAAUUACUGGUUUUCAAUCUACUGAAUUACUAGAGAAAACCCACCAAGCUGCCACCUCAGACCGACAAGAUCUCAGCUGGAACAACCUUGUGUGUGAGCUGCCCAACAGUGCUGAGAAACUGCAGCCACCAGAGAACUCCCUGUUUUAUAGAGCUCCAGCUGGUAAGUCGUGGUGCAUGCAACACACCAAGGAAGCUCAGGCAACAGCGCAGCAAGCUCCGAGCAGGGCUCAUAGCCAGCUGCCUCCUGAGCAACCAUCAGUGGUGACAGGCAGCCAGAGAACGUCAGGGCAGAUGCAGAGUGAAGCUGCCCUCAACAAUAUGUCAUCUGUUGGGUACGAGGACCAAGCAGAGUCACCUUCAGGUAGCCGUACACGUGUGACUGACGGAGGUGAAUCUUCAUAUGAACCUACUGAGCAGCGUUUGGUGGGAGCAGGCGGUGACGAGGUGAUAAUAAUCAGCUCUGACGAUGAGGCAGGAGCGCUCAACUAUUCAGAAAUGGAGCUUUCAGACAGUGACCCGAUGGAGGAGUGCUACAGGAUCUUCAUGGAGGCGAACAAUGAGGACAGAGGAACUGAACAUCAGCCUGAUGUGUCUUCUGGAGCUGUGGAUGUAGCGAAGCAGGAAGAAAACGUCGCGCCCCAAACGUUACGAGGAAAGAAGAGAGUGGCUCAUGAAGCCAAACCUACGGAGCCGGUUGCUAAGAGUAGACCUCAGCCACAGGUUCUGGUUCCUCUCCGUGGGCCAGCAGCUUCAGGAUUUGGCUCCCGGCCCUCCAUCACUUCCAAGAUCCAGCAAGUGCAGCAGAGAGCCUCCAUGCUGAGUGCUUCAGUUAGAGGCGGUCAGGCUUUUGUUUCCUCCACAUGUCAGAAGAAGCCAGAGACCCUGAGUGCACCUUCUGCUCCAGCGCCUGAAAACCUGCAGCCUGCUCCUGUGCAGAACGGUUACUUGAACUACGUACCUCUGGGAACAGCUGUUAUUGAAGUGGGCAACAACUUGCACUUGAUCCUCCCGGAGGGGGCCUUCCCUCUGCCCGUUACUUCCAGUCCCAGCCCACCUACCACGGUGUUAACUCCAGUCAGCCGAGUGCAUCCAAGCGCUUUCACAGUGAAACAAACAUACCAUCCACCUGCUGCUACCCCUGUGCAGAGGUACCACUCAACAGCACCUGUGCUCAUUCCUGCUCCGGCACGUAAACCUUCAUUGACCCCUGCUUUUGCAUCAGCAUCUUUACAUUUGAGUCCAGCGACCCAUACAGUUCCUCAGGCUUCCGUCCAGGCUGUGACUAAGCCGACACCUGCUAAACGUAAACUGAAACAACAGUGUGAGGCCACCAAAGACAAAGUGCCCCAUGAUGUCCGCCAGCGCUACGUCAACAUGUUCACAGAGGAGUUCCUCAAAACAGCAGCCAGUGUUAAGGACGCCUUUGAAAAGGCUCUCGCUGAGGAGAGGACUGUGUACAACCGCAGUGUGAACAAACUCAAAUAUCUCAGCAUUGCCGUGAAUGCCCUGAAGAAGCUGAAGAACCAAAGCGCUGCUGCUGCUGCUAAAAAUGAAAAGAAAGUCACCAGCCAGAUACUGAAAGGCAACAUACCACUGACCCUACAGAAGCUUCAAGCACACGCAGAUGAUUUGGCAUUCUAUGAGAGCCUGAAGGAUUAUUUAUUGACUGAUGAGAAGCUGAUUGAGAGCAACUGUCCCGUCCAGCAUCCAGAGAGACGUGGCUGUGCUGUUCUAUUUACUGACAAUAAGAGAGUGCACGCAGACCCCCUGAAGAGGAUCUGCUGUCGAUGUGGGGCGACGUACUCCGUGAGCCCGACAGGCAAACACAUUCGCAAGGAGGAGUGCAACUAUCAUUAUGGGAAAGCAGUGACCAAAAGAGUGCCCGGGGGAGUGGAGACCCGCUACAGCUGCUGUGAGGGCGUCAUGGGAACCCCCGGAUGUCACACGUUUAAGCUGCAUGUCCAUGAUUCUCUCAGCCUGGACGGGUUUGUGUCCACUGGCUCCAGACGUCCCCCAGACACCAGCUGUCCUGGGGUCUACUCUUUGGACUGUGAAAUGUGCUACACCAUUCACGGUUUGGAGCUAUCCAGAGUGACGGUGGUCAACUCCAGUCUGCAAGUCGUCUAUGACACCUUUGUCAGACCUGAUAACGAGGUCAUCGACUACAACACCAGGUUUUCAGGCAUCAGUGAGGAGGAUGUGAAGGGUACCCACACCUCCCUCAGAGAGGUCCAAGAGACCUUGCUGAGCUUCAUCAGUGCUGACACCGUUCUGAUUGGACACGGCCUGGAAACAGACCUCUGUUUACUGAAGCUGCUCCAUGGGACAGUGGUGGACACGUCGAUGGUCUUCCCCCACCGUCUGGGUCCCCCUCACAAGCUGACCCUCAACAACCUCACAGCUGAACACCUCAGGAGGAUCAUCCAAGAGAUUGUUUGUGGCCACGACACUGCAGAAGACGCUGCUGCCUGCAUGGAGCUGAUGCUGUGGAAGGUCAAAGAAGAUGGAAAACUGAAGAAAUGACAAAUAAAGCCAAACAAUCUCCACACUGUUUAGACAUAGAGAGACAGACACGGUUAUGAAUAUCUGUUUGUUCUUAGACAUGGAAAGCUAUUUAGUUUUUGGUUUAAUCACAUCACUUGAUUUAUGUUCAGACUUUUUACUUUUUUUUUGUCUACUGUAUGUAAAAUUUUGAUUUGCAGCUCAUUUGUCCAUGUCUGUAGAAAUAUUUGUGAUGGCACGACAGUGUGCUGACAAAACCUGACAUGAGUGUUCAAGUAAAUGCACAGAAUGCAA